AUUUUGUCUGCCAUAGAUGCCAAAAUGUGAUAAUUUUAACGAACAGUUAAUUUUAGUGAAUAAUUCAAGAAAAUGUGCCAUACUUAAAUGAUUUUAAAUGUAUACCUAUAUAAAAUUUAAUGAAAUGAACCCAUAUUUAGUAAAAUAGAAAACAGAAUACACAAUGAAGGUCCUCCAAAUUAUCGUUUUAUUAAUAAUUUGUCUCACACAAAGAGUUGAGCUCUUGAUUCCACCGAAGUUUCAAUGGAAAACUAUAGAUUUUGCAUGGAAUGGGGAUCUAAAGAAUGUGGCUAUGGCAUCUGGCGGAUAUAUACCAGAAAACAUUAUGCCGACAGGUCUAGCAAGGUGGAAAAAUAAACUGUUUAUUGCAAUUCCUCGUUGGAAGAAAGGAGUUCCGUCAUCAUUAAACUACGUGUAUCUGAAUGGUAGUCAGAGUGAACCCCUGCUGCCGUACCCUAGCUGGAAGGACGCGUUCAUACUAGACGAUGCGGAGACUAUAAACAGCAACGCAACGGUGGUGUCGGCCUUCCGGAUGCACGUCGACAAGUGCGACAGACUGUGGGUAGUGGAUAACGGCGUCGCGGAUAUGUCGACUGAUGUAAAGCAGAUUGCUGAGCCAGCAGUGGUGGUGUUCGACUUGAAUCGAGACUCAGUUGUGCGCCGCUACGAGAUGACGGGCGAGGUGUUGAGAGAUUCCUCCGUGCUCACCAGUGUGGUGGUAGACUUCGUAGGCAAGUCGUGCGACUGCGGCGAGGCAUACGCUUACAUCACCGACAUGGGCUCGAACGCGCUCAUAGUGUACAGCUUCAAGGACGACGACGCGUGGCGCGUGGAGAACCAUUAUUUCCACUUUGACCCUCAUGCUGGCGUCUACAAGGUGGGCGGCAUCGACUUCUACGGCAGCGACGGGGUGUCUUCAGCGGCGCUUUCACAAGUCAAGAGUGACGGCUACCGAGAUCUGUACCUGCAUCCUACCUCAAGCACAAAGCAAUUUAAGAUGUCGACCAAAUUGCUUAGACACAAGGACGCACCCGAGGAAGAAAUAUUCAAUGGCGUUCUGGUCGUAGGAGAAAAAGGUCCAUUUUCACAAGCAUCUGCAUGCGACUUCGAUCCGAAAAAUAAUGUUCUUUUCUUCACUCAGGUAUGCAAAAAUGCAAUCGGCUGUUGGAACAUAGACAAACCGUUUACACCGCAGAACACGCCCACUGUCGUUAGAGACUGCACAUUGUUGGAGUUCCCUAAUGAUGUCAAGGUGGAUAAAGAAGGCAAUCUAUGGAUACUGAGCGACAGGCAGGCUCGGUUUUUGCAUGGUCACCUGGACCCUGCACAAGUAAACUUCCGCGUAUUAACUGCGCCAGUGACGAAGUUGAUACAAGGCACCGCUUGCGAGCGAUCAUCGCUUGUCACAAGGGCCUGGAGUGCGCUCAGCUCAAGGAGGAACUCUGCUAAGGCGAAAUAGCUUCUCUGCCGUUGCCGUAAGGUUUAAAUUCUUCUUAGACCGUGUAAGGCGGCGACUUGGCGUCAAACAUGCUUUGGUUGCAUAAAAUUUGAGUCUUAAUACUAAUAAAUAAAUCUUAAAUUCCAUUUAUCGAAGUCCAACUGCACACGCCACGCAUACGCCUUGCACCAGCGAAAUAAAUAUAAUUUCUAACCAUCUAAUCUAUCUAUCAUCAAAUAUCAUAAUAAUCUAACCAUGCGUAAUAAGACACAAUUUUUAUGAAAGCAAUGCAUAAUAUACCCUACACCCGCACUCCGGCUAGUGUGGGUAGUAUGAUAAAAACUUAAAUUAAACCAAAAAGGGAAGAUACGGCACUCGCAGCUGAAUAGUGUACCAUUUAAAUUGUGGUGCAUGGACACAAUUUACUUUAGCCACAAGUUAAUAUCCAAACACGAUGCAUGUGCACUUAAUAUAACAAUAUUGCGUAUAUUCUGUGUUAUAAAGCUGAAACAAUGCCUUCGAUGCUUUUAAACAGAACACAAAUAUUUUAAGAUAACAAUAACAACAUUUAUUCCCAAGAGUCAUAGCUUGUCAUUUAUUUAUUUAUUCGCGUUUGUUAUUAAGAAAAAGACAAUACAGUACCCUUAGCACGAACCAAUAUCGAAUUCGUAACGUUUGCGAGUCCGAAGUGUCAUUGUCAAAUGUGUACUGAUUUUUAGUUCUCGGUGCAGACUUUGUGCCACUGCUGUUCAAGUUUCCAUAUAAAAUUUGACAUUGACAUUUCGGUUUACAAACUAUUCGAAUUCGAUAAUGGUUCGUACCCCUAGGUACAGCUCCGUUUGUAGAGAGAGAAAAGAAAACGCAGUCGGUUUUUACCAAGAGACGCGGACUCGCCGUUUCGCUUACGCAGCGUUGAAGUGUACAGUACUACUAGCACGAACCAAUAUCGAAUUCGAAUAGUUUGCGAGUGCGAAAUGUCAAUGUCAAAUUUUGUAUGGAAACUCGAACAGCAGCGCCACAAAGUACGUAACUAGAACUAAAAAUCAGUACAUAUUUAACAAUGAUAAUUCGUACUCGCAUUCGAUACGAAUUCGAUAUUGGUUCGUGCUAAGGGUACAGUACCCCUAGCACGAACCAAUAUCGAAUUCGAAUAGUUUGCGAGUGCGAAAUGUCAAAGUCAAAUUUUGUAUGGAAACUCGAAGAACAGCGCCACAGCGGACGUAACGAGAACUUAAAAUCAUUAAACAUAUUUGACAUCGACAUUUCGGACUCGCAAACGAUACGAAUUCGAUAUUGAUUCGUGCUAGGGGUACAGUUCUGUCUCGCUCGCUCGAUUGAAUGUUUAUUUACAGAUGUGUGCGUGCGUGAGAGUUGCUUAUGUAGUUGAGUCGGAUCAUAUUUUAUUUGAUGCUAGUAUGAGCGUACCGUAUCUUCCCUUUUUGUUUUAAUCUAAGGAUAAAAAGCAAAAAGAAAAACCUGCUGGGUUCUCAGUAUUCAGACAAAGUCAUUUCAGUAAUUUUAUUUCCAAAAAAAAACCUUGUAAAUGUUAGUUGAAAUUCAAAAACAAGUAAAUAAUUUAAAUUUUUAUUUAAAUAUACAACAUGGUAGUUAUAUUAACUAUUCAAUUAAAAAGUCUAUGUGAUCGAAUAAUUAAUAACAUAUUUUGCACGUGUCAUCGCCACCGACGUCUCUUCUCUCGUUAUGUUUUCGUUCAGAUUACAAUCUCAGUCUUUUGAUAACGUACUUUUAGAGUUCAUUGUGAACAAGCCUUUCUGUCAUCAUUGUACUACAAUAUUGUGUUUGAAAUCGACAUGUCCAUACAAGUUUGUUUAUUGUCUAUUUAAUUCUAAAAUCUUUUUAGUAUCUCUAACAUGAUUUUUAAGGAUUGCAACAAUAAAUUAUUAUCUAUUUAUUUCUUUGUUUUACUUAUUGUAGUGAUAGCAAUGUUAUAUUAAAGAUUCUUCACAGUAAAUGCAUCAUCGUAUUAUUAUUCCAUUAGAUAUAAAAACAAUAAACGAAUACAGGUAAAAUACACUUUUUUACCAAUAAAAAUAACCUUUUUGGGAACUAUUUGGAUCUUUCGUCCACACGAUCUUCCUAUUUAAAUAUGUUUUGUCGUAAAAUUCAAGCAACUGUUUAAUCUUUAACCUAUGUAGUGAUUAUAUCCAAAUGAAACAUUCCCGAAAAAAUAUAGAAAUAGGUUAGAACACUACAAAUUAUUGUCUAUUCUAUAACACAACUACUGAGAUCGUUGUAGAACAAGGAGAAACUACAAUACGGUAUGACAAUAUUGGCAAUGUUACGAAAUACAUAUUAUAUUCCAGCACUCGACAAAAUGAGAAUCUUAACAAUAUAUAACUCGUGUAAUUAACGUAAGGAAUCGCAAAUGAUGACGUGAGACAUUCUGUCCCUCUUGCACAAGCUAUCCUAAGUAACGUGUGAACGAGAGAACAGCGGUCAUUGCUGCUGGAAUCUAUAAUACGUACGAAUUGAAUGGUAGUCAAUUGCUUGCUCGCUCUCGCACAUCGACUACCACUCAAUCCGUACGGAUUAUAGAUGCCGGCAUGAAUAUGAGCGUUUGUGGAUGACCAGCUAAUGUCUUGCGUCAGCAUUUUUGAUUCUUUUUUUUAAUGACACGAGCUGUACCAAUUGUCAAAAAAGAAGAGGGGAAACGGUUAGAUGAUUUUGUUUAAACAUACAAUCAGAAUUGAUAUCGUAGAUCUAGAGGAGAGCUGAAUUUGAAAUGUAUAAGAAGACCAAAAUACAUUUGUGUUGUUUGUGAUAUACAAGUCCUUGCACCGAAAUAUAAUAUAAUGUUAAUGAUUCCCUACUUUUAAUAAUAGAAGUAUUUUCUUAGCGAUUAUCUGUGUUUAACACGUAUGUCUAUUAGUUUAAUGCCUAUUUUGUAGGGACAUGCCUAUUUCGUAUUGCACCUAUUUAUGCCCAUUUGUGUGCUGCGCGAGUGUGAACCGAUAACUGCGAAGCGAAUGCUAUUAAAGAGGUCUUAAUAUUUACAAGUAGUUAAGGUAUUUAUUGCUCAACUUCGUCGUAGGCCAUAAUUUACAAAGAGCUUGUAGAAAGGAUUCACUUUGAAGAUUUCUUGUCAUAAAUCGCGCUGUUUGGGAAUCGGUGACGUUUUACUAUUGAAAUUUACAAACGCGAAAAUCUAAUUUUUUUAAGCGCGAUAGCACGUGACUCCCAAAGGUGCAGUGCAAUUACGCCCCAUUUGGAAUUAAAAAAAAAAUGCCCAUGGUCUUAUGCCUAUGGUCCAGGAUGUCAGCUAACUCCAUACCAAAUUUUAUUAAAAUCGCUCCAGCCGUUUAGACGUGAAGUUAACAAACAUACACACUCCCAAACUUUUGCCUUUAUAAUAUUAGUGCGAUUUAUGUGAUGUGUUGACGUUUCGGAGCUGAGGGGAAGGCACGAACAACUAGCGAGAAAGUAUUCGUAUCGCCAUAGUCAAAGUUUUUAUGGAAACUAGGCAGCGCCCCUACCGGACGUAAUAACAAACUAGCCCCUUCCAUAGCAAAUUUGACGAUGGCGACGCGAAUACUUUCUCGCUUCUUGUUCGUGCUCACCCCUCUGUUCACAUGUGAUUAUGUGUGAUCACACGACAUGAUUUUUUAUCCAACUUAUAGCUGCCAAUAAUAAAUAAAAGUUUUAUUCAAUGAUAAUUUAAUUGGGGCAUACUUUUAAUUAUAUUACAAAUGAUUAUGUACAUUUUUUUAUAUUAGAGGAAAAUCUUUUGCUGUUUAUGCAGCAAAUACAAAAAUGUUUGAUCUCAAAUGUAAAGUUACUAUUUCGUAGAUCAUAAAUCAUAAAGUUCAAGAUUGUAAUUAUUUCAUAAAAUACAACAUGUUGCAUGGGGCAUAUAAAACUAGCGAAAAUUAAUCACAUUAUGGCGUCCAUUCUGGCACGAUUUUCUAAACUUAAAACUAAAUUUAACAUCAUUCUCUCCCUUUCAUUCUGUAUAGAGCAAGAUGACAAAGAUACACUGUUGUCAAAUUUAAGUUUAGGUUUAGAGAAUAAUGUCAGAAUCGACAUCUACGGAACAAUAAAAACAUUUCAAAGAAAAAAGCGCAACCGAUUCCCGAGCGCUAGUCACAAAGAUAUGGCAAUAUAAAUUCAGUCCUAGACCAGUAUCUAAGCUAUAAACAUUGGGUGCGUCACUGAGUAACAACUGCCUAGGGAUCGUCCAUUAAUCACAUGAGGCUCAAAAAAAGCUCAGAAAUAAAAUCACUUAAUAUCAAAAGGGGGUGGAGGGAUGUAAACAGAUGUCACGUGUAUCUAUUUUUAAUUGAACGUACACUUUUAAAACCACACAGCAGCACGUGA